AUGACUCUCCCCGAGUUCAGACUGCGAUACAAAGACUGCACCAACGACGAGCUCCGUCAAUUCGUCCGCCAGCGCAGAGGCAACCUCCGCCGGGAGUCCAAUCGCAAAUACUGCAUCAAGACGCUCAAGCAGCUCGACCGCGAAGUGACCUUUCGCUUCUUCGACAUGGCUCCAGAACUGCGCAAUCGUGUCUACGAGCUGCUUCUCAACCACAACAAUGAGCAAACGAUGAUCUCUCGGUUCACCGGCGAUCAGGGCAUCAGCAAUUACACUCCGCCGCAAGCAUCCAAGGCGUACCCAGCUCUGUUGAGAGUCUCCCACAAGGUCUACAACGAGGCUUGCGGCAUCCUCUAUGACCAGAGCGCCCUCUCCAUCAACAUAGUCGACGGAGUUUCGUCCAGAACGAGACUAUUCGGCGUCACACACACCCCCGGUCCUCCUAAGUCUUCCAGCCUGGUCAUCUGCCAUCCCCACCUGCUUCGCAUCAAGCACCUUACCAUGACUGUCAGUGUCUGGGAGCCCAAGCUGUUCGAGCUGUCCAUGCGUAUCCUUCCACUUCUCCUCAGACACUUCGGCACUCGGAACCCUGUCAAGUCGCUGAAGCUGGUUUGUAGCCCGCGCUCCCUGGCCAGCCCCAACCUUGACCCAGAUCACAUAAUCGCGCUUCAUUUUCUUGAGCUGCGCCAUCUGCCGGCAACUGCACCGCUCGAGCUGGUGGGAUUCACGGCUCCAUUGGAGGAAGAGAUCCGUGCGGCGAUUGAGAGGCCGGCGAAGUGA